UAGAGACAAUGAAAACCUCCACAAUCAUAGAUUCUCAUUUAAGGCACUAUUUGAGACAUUCCCCUCAUAUUCUCCCCCACGCACCUUCUCUCUCAAUGCAUAUACCACUCCCUUCUAUUAAGUUCUCUGUCCACCUCCACCUCCACCUCCACCCUCUCCUAACUGUCCCUGAGGUUUCUAAAAACAUGUUGAGCAAGAAGAUGGGUUCAAUGAAGAAAUUGGUGGAGAAGGUGAAGGUAAUUGGAAGUGAUAAUCGUGAGCCAUCGCAUUCUCAAUGUUUGCUUAGUGAUAAAGAAGAUCAAGGCUCGUCUUCCUCGACCCCAACCGGAUUCUUCGCCCUCUAUGUAGGGGAGGAGAGAGAACGUUUCGUGAUCCAGACCGGGUACUUAUCUCAUCCUCUAUUCAAAAUGUUGUUAGAGAAGGCCUACAAUGAGUUCGGGUUCAAGCAGAGGAAUAGGCUUGUGGUUCCAUGUAGUGUGACUGUUUUCCAAGAGGUGGUAAGUGCUGUGGAAUCCUGCAAUGGGAAGUUUGAUUUUGGAAAUUGGGUAGAUGAGUUUGUUUAGAAAUAUGAAGAUAGAAGUUGUGUACACUAGCCUUUAGUGUUUUAGGGGUCUCUCUAUGUAUGGAGUUGAGUCCAUGAGUUGAUGUACUAGAACAUGGAAUGUAUAUACAUACAUAGUACCACUGUUGAUCAAUUUGGGAAUAAACUGGACAUUUUUCCAGCUAGGUUUUAAAGUUGAUCAGUCAGAACUG